UACCCGGGCACUUCUGUAAAUAAAUGGCACCCAUAAAACAACGACCAACGCAGACUUACUCCGAGGCAAUACGUAACAUUGUGUGAUUUCCGAACCUGAAACUUGAACUUGGGCUUCUGUUGAGAAGAUGUCGGAGCAAGAGCAUUAUGGGGACGGUCUUUGCGAUGAUGGAGCUCCUGAGAUCAUCCCGCCGAGAGCGUCCAGGACGGGGAGGCGGAGCGGAGUCAUCCUCCCUGGCCAGGACAACGAUACCAUCGUCCUGGAGGCAGCGAGGGCAGCCCCCCGCAGGAGCAGCAUCAUCAAGGAUCCUUCAUUGCACAAGUUGGCCGGCGGGCGCAAGAAGACAGUGUCCUUCAGUAGCAUACCCUCAGAGAAGAAGGUACGUUUUUAGUCAGCGUCCGACUGCCUGGCCUUCACAGGGGGCUGUGAGCUGAAGAAGGUGCGUCCCAACUCCCGGAUCUACAGUCGUUUCUACACCCUGGACCAGGACCUCAGCUGCCUGCGCUGGGAGCCCUCUAAGAAGGAUGGGGAGCGUGCCCGCCUGGACAUGGUCACUAUCAGAGAGGUUAGGACAGGGAAGAGCACUGAGACCUUCCUGCAUAACGGACCUGCUGCAGAACACCUGGCUGAGGAGGCAGCCUUCUCUAUUAUCCACGGGGAUGACUACCAGUCUCUGGACCUGGUGGCUCUUUCAGCUGACGUGGCCAACAUCUGGGUGACAGGGCUCCGUUACCUGGUGUCCCACCCCUCUGCCAUCGGGCAUGGAGGGGGGGCAGGCGGGGGAGGAGGUCUGGGAGGAGGGAGCAUCAUAGGGGAGGGUAGCCUCGGCAGUAAGAUGAGGAGUGAAUGGCUGGCCACAGAGUUUGCCGAGGUGGAUGAAGACGGGUAUGGGAUCGUCGCAGAGGAUACGGCCGUGGCAACCAUCUGUAAGCUGUGUCCUGGCAUCAAGGAAGCUAAGGUGCGUCUGAGGUUCAAGGAGAUCCAGCGCAGCAAAGAGAAGCUGACGUCUCACGUGACACGCGAGGAGUUCCAGGAGGCCUUCUGCGAACUCUGCACGCGCCCAGAUGUCUAUUUCCUAUUGGUCCAGCUCUCUAAGGAUCGCGAGUGUCUGGACGCCCAGGACCUUCGUCUCUUUCUGGAGACGGAGCAGGGCCUGUCCCUGGCCACAGCUGAGGGCUGUUUGGAGCUGGUCCUACGAUUUGAGCCCUCCAGACCAGGCCGAGAGAGAGGCUUGCUGGGGCUUGACGGCUUCGCCCGUUACCUGCAGUCUCCAGAGUGCCAGCUGUUUGACGUGGAGCACCAGGGAGUGUGUCAGGAUAUGAGCCUGCCCCUGUCCCACUACUACAUCAGUACUUCCUAUCGGUCCUAUCUCCUGGAUGACCAGGUCCAUGGGAGGGCUGAUCUAGGGGGUUUGACCAGGGCUCUUCAGGCCGGGUGUCGUUGCCUGGAGCUGGGGGUGACAGACGGCCCAGAGGGGGAGCCUCUCCUGGGGGUAGACUAUGGUCCUGAUGCCCACCGCCACCACCACCAUCACCACCACGCCCCGGUCACCAUCCGCAGUGCUCUGGAGGUGGUGAAUAAGUAUGCCUUCCUGACCUCGCCCUACCCGCUUCUGCUCUACCUGUGCCAGCGCUGUUCCCCCUCCCAGCAGCGUACCUUGGCCCAGCACCUGAGGAAGGUGUUCUCUACACGUCUCUACACCCCUGAGGCCCUGCCGGUCAGCCCGGUGGGGCGAGCCACCACCCUGCCCUCCCCUGAGCAGCUGAAGGGCCGGGUGCUGCUGGUGGGGAAGAAGCUACCCCCAGAAGAGGAGGGAUCCGAGGGAGAGGUAUCAGAGGAGGAUGAGGAGAUAGGGGGAGGCGGACCCUUGGCUGGCCGGCGAAUGACCAUACCCGGAGAGGAGGAACUGGGUGUGGUUUUAGUGGUACCCCCGCCCCCUCAGCCCAGGAGACUCCGCCUCCAACGCGAGCUCUCAGAUCUGGUGAGCGUGGCAAGAACUGGAAGCCGUAGCUUCUACAACCACCGAGAAAUAAGGAAACAAGGACAGCAGCACUCCCCACCCAGCACCCCCUCAACGCCGGGCACACCCUUACUCCCUGAUUCGGCCUAUUGGACUCUGUGCUCCCUGGGGGAGGGAGAAGCGGGCCGGCUGGCCAGUGAGAGCCCAGAGGACCUAGUAGGCUUCACCAAGCGUACCCUGACCCGUGUCCGGCCCAGCUCCGUCCGCCUGGACUCCUCCAACCCCAACCCCCAGGGGUACUGGAAGGGCGGGGUCCAGCUGGUGGCUCUCAACCAGCAGACCCCCGGGGCCAUGCUGGACCUCCACAGGGGACGCUUCAUCCAGAAUGGGGGCUGUGGCUUCGUGCUGCGCCCGGGGGUCAUGAGAGACGAGGUUUCCUACUUCAGUGCCGUGACCCAGGGGUGUGUGCCUGGCGUGCCACCUCAGACCCUCAGGGUGAAGGUGAUCAGCGCCCACAACCUGCCCAAGCCGCAGGGCGCUGGGGCCAAAGGAGAGGUUAUAGAUCCCUACGUGGUUCUGGAGCUACAUGGGGUACCAGCGGACUGCGCUGAGCAACGGACCCGGACCGCCACACAGAACCAGGAUGGCCCACUGUUUGAUGAGACCUUUGAGUUUCAGGUGAACAUGCCAGAGUUGGCGCUCCUCCGCUUCGUGGUAUUGGACGACGACUACAUUGGAGACGACUUCAUUGGCCAAUACAGCGUGGCCUUCGAGUGCCUUCAGCCGGGCUACCGCAAUGUGCCCCUGCUGGGUCUGGAGGGAGACCCCUUGCCACACGCUAGCCUGUUCAUCCAUGUUGCCGUGACCAACCGACGAGGGGGGGGCAAGGCCCAGAGGAGGGGUCUGUCUGUGCGGAGAGGGGUGUGGCGGGGGCGAGAGUACGUGACCCUACGGAACACGGGUAUUAAAGCUCUGGAUGAUACGUUCCGUCCCGCUAACACCCAUCUCAGAGAGGCCACAGACCUGCGGGAGGACGCACAGAGUGCAAGUGUGAGUUUCAAAGAGCAGUGUGGACUCCCCCCGGUGGCAAAGCUGAAGCAGUGCAUCCAGAGCCUGGCCACACGGUUGCAGACCCCAGAAGGGCCCCCGGGGGCCAGCAUGACCCUGAGGGAUGGCUACCCCCACCUGGAGGCUCUGGGCAGCAUCACCGAGGUCACGCGCAAACUACUGAAUCACUAUGAUACGAUGAUCUCGGCCAAGAAGCAGCUGAUCGAGAAUGCAGACGCUGUGCAGGAGAGGAUGGCCCAGGUGCAGAGAGAAGGAAUGGCGUUCCACGAGGAGCUGCCCAGGCUGGGAGAGAAGGAGGGGCUGAAGGGACACAAGCAGAGCAAAGCCCUGGAGAGUUUCACCUGGAAUAUUACUGUACUGAAGGGGCAGUGUGAUCUCCUGCGCAGUGCCAAGGUAGACUCUCUGGAUGCUCUGAGACAGUUGGCCCUGGCCUGUGAAGCCUGUGGCCUCACCUCCACGACCUCCUCCUGCACCUCUUUUGGUCCCUCUGAUCUCUUCUACACCUCCCACAGCAGGUGGGGCAACUCCCAGGAGAGGAGAGGAAGCACCCAGGAGAGGAGGGUGAAUACCCAUGGCAAUGGACGAAUAUGACACCCCCCAACCUACCAGAGAGAGGGAAGGGGGAUAGAGGGAACGAGUGGAUGAGAUGGUGACAACCCCUCAAAUCCCAAACUGUCAGAGAAAGGGAGGGUGGGGAGAGAGAGAGAGAUGGCGAAAGAGAGCAGAGUUGGAAUGGUCUAGAGUAGAGCCCAGAGCCUAUACCUUUAUCCAGAGUAGUAAGACUAGUGAAGAAUCGUUGCGGUAAUUUGACGGCUUACUUUGUGUUCAUCCGUGGAAAUACAUUUGUGCUUAUUUAAGUCGGGCACUUGAAUAUAACGCUCCUACAAUUUACUUCAAUGUUUUUUCUCCCUAAAAAGGGAGUUGUGAUUGUGAAAACACGUUGUUCUUAGGUAAGAAACCUUUGCUGUGGAGAGGACGAGUGAAGAGUCUCUGUCCUUCUGAACCCACCUAAUUGAUCCCUCGGGAGGAUGUGAUGUCACGCUGUUGAUGCCUUGAGGGCCCGUCUCACCAUGGAUACCACAGGGGGUUGAGUGACAGGUGACCCUCCCAGUGUCCCACCGACACAGCUACUGUUACACCCAGCCCCUCCCUCCUUCCUUCCCCCUCUUUAUCUCCUUCACCCAGAACCCUCGGUACAUGGAGUGUUUUGAAUGUCUAGCCUGUCUUGGAAAAACAAUGGCAUCCAUGACAGGCUAGACAUCCAGACAGGCUAGACAUUGCGUACCCCUCUCAUCUUCCCUGAGAGACCCCACCAGGUAUCCUUUCCUGAGAAGAUGGGAGGAGGCAGAUGUGUUGGUAAUUUUACAUGAGAUGGCUUUACCCUGCUUCAGGCUACUAAGUCCUACCUGAGACCAUCCACAGGUGUCAGAUUGCUUGGAGCUAACAGUGUCACAGUAUCACAACAUCACAGUAAGGUCUGGAAGACAACCUGAAGACAACCUGAAAUAAGAGGACCCGUUGAGUGUGAUUGAUUGAUUAUUUGAUUGUGUUUAAAAGGCUUCAUUGAUUAGUUGGGCAGCAGGUCACCUAGUGGUUAGAGCGUUGGGGCAGUAACCAAAAGGUUGCUUGUUCGAAUUGAAUUCCUGAGCUGACAAGAUGGAAAAAAUCUGCCGUUCUGCCCUUGAGCAAGGCAGUUAACCCCCACAGCAACUGCUCCCCGGGCGCCGAAGACGUGGAUGUCGAUUAAGGCAGCCCCUCACACCUUUCUGAUUCUGAGGGGUUGGGUUGAAGGCAUUCAGUUGUGCAACUGACUAGGUAUCCCCCUUUCCCUUUGAUUGAUAGACGAGUAUUACCCUACACACGGAUGUGGUUGGCAUGGCUGUGUUGCUAUGAGGGAGGGGGCCCUCUCUCUGUGUAUUGACUGAAAGUAUGUGUUGGGUUUGUCCCAACUUAAAAACUCAAUCAGCAACAGUAAAGGACUCUGACAAAGAACUACAAAAAUGGCGCGACUAGAUGCUACUACAUCCUUGGUGUGCUUAUGCUGCUUGUGAUGGUCGACUGUGGGACAUGGAUGCCAUUGUUUUUCCAAUGUUAGAUUUGUGCUAUUAAGGUAGGUAAAUACUUCAUGUAAUUUAUAUUUUACUGUGUCAUAGCACCCUUUCUCUACCAGUGGUGGCUGGUAUCACUUUAAAUCGGAGGAUGGGCCUCCACUGCUCUCUGCCUUUCCUACCACCUGUGAUCCAAACACAGCAAGAGGCAGAGGCCCCCAACACAACAAUAUUACACCCAGCGCUGAGAGAGCACUAUAGGGGCCUGGCAUCAAAGAGACAUAGACAGUAGAGAUAAUAGAGGAUCUUACAAUGAGGGACAUUUUCAUCACAAGGCGAGAAUGGAAUGAAUGGAAAGUAUUCCCCCAGGAACAACAGCAGAGCACAGGGUCUUCUGGGGCUCUGAGGUCAACGUACCUACCGUCUGUCAUUCUACAGUCUGAACAGCCAUUUCAACACACACAGCAGUAAGGUUGGAGGAACAUUUACAUUCGGCAUAGAAAGGAUAAUACUUAACAUAGGUUCUUUGAUGCUUGCAGUGGACAACCCAUAUUGACCUGCCUCUCUCCUUCUCUUGGAUGGAUUGAUUCAUUAUCAUCUGUUGCCUCCUUCACCAGCCCACCUCCACACAUCUAUCUUAAAGGCGCUGCAUGGUCAAUCCGACGUCUGCAUUGACCAUGCAGCGUUGACAGUGAUAUGGCCUCUGCAGAAGUCAGAGCCAAUUUAGGCUUGAUCCGAAAAUGUGGUUGGAGGCUUCGUAUGGAGGGUGUGACGCAGUCACAUAGCCUCCAGAGGCACGCAGAGGCCAAAUCAAGCUCCGUAAAGCAUCGCCGUGCACCUCUCAAAUGUUGUAACAGUGAGGAGGGCUCUGUAUACUGUAGCUCCGCAUUGACCUGAUUGGUUGAUGGUAGGUGAGGACGGGAGGUCCUGCAGAGACACAAACUCACUUCCUUGACAACUUCCUCCACAACAGCUCUGCGCUGCUUGGCAAAGUGCAACAAGUAUGAAUGACCUGACUUCUGCAAAGGCCAUAUCAAGGUAACCAGAAGGUUGCAAGUUCAAACCCCCGAGCUGACAAGGUACAAAUCUGUCGUUCUGCCCCUGAACAGGCAGUUAACCCACUGUUCCUAGGCCGUCAUUGAAAAUAAGAAUUUGUUCUUAACUGACUUGCCCGGUUAAAUAAAGGUUAAAUGAAAAAAUAAAAAAAUAAAAAGGUAAAUGCUGCACGGCCAAUCAGACGUCAGAAUGACCAUGCAGCGCCUUUCAGGUCAUUCAUACUUGUUGCACUUCGCCGAGCAGCGCAGAGCUGUUGUGGAGGAAGUUGUCAAGGAAGUUUGUGAUUCUGCAGGACCUCCCGUCCUCACCUACCAUCAGCCAAUCAUGUCAAUGCGGAGCUAUACGGAGCCCUCCUCACUGUUACAACAUUUGACAGGCGCACAGCAAUGAGGAAGGUCACUAUACUAUAGCUCACUAUACUCAACUGGUGUGUUGAUGUUUUUUUGCAGUAUUGAAAAAUAAAAACAUGAAAUAAAUCCUCUAAUCCAACAGCACUCUGGUCCAACACCACAGUGCUUUAAUUUACUAUACUGUAGUUACUCUCUUUAACCUGCGUCUGUCUUAAACCUUGUGGUGGUGUUUGACUUACAGUCCUUACAGCGAUGUGUUUAGGUUAUGUCUGCUUCCCAAAUGGCACCCUAUUCCCUACAUAGUGCACUACUUUAGUUGUGCAUUACUUUAGUACUAUAUAGGGAAUAGGGUGCCAUUUGGUAAACACUCUGUAUCUAUCUGUGUAUGCUAUCUUCUCUGACCGACCCUUCAAACAAAUCUUUGUUUCGUUCUGUCUGCGUACGCAAAUGUUUUUGUAAUAACAAAUAUACAAAAAAAGAGUAUUUAUUAAAGGUGUUGACGAGUGUGUUUUGAAACCAAUACAUAUUAUAUUAAAUGGACGUUGCUUUUAUUUUGAAAAGCUAGUUUGUUUUCUAUCUGAUUGACCAAAUGUAACAGUUGUACCCUUAAAUGACUAAAUAAAACUAUUUUAUUGACCAUUUAA